CAGCAGGAACUGGCCUUGAAGGGACUGGAGCUUAGCAUCCAAAAGGAAAGUGGUUGUUGAACAGUAGCUAUUUAGAGGCAAAUGAUUCGAUCCCAAAUUUCAUUAUGCCGAAGAGUCUUAACGUGGAACUUGUUAAAUACGGUUUCAGCACCCUACUGUCAACCUGUCCUGUUGCAGCACGUUUGGGUAGAGCCUAUACUUAAAAAAAAAAAUCAGUCUUUUUUUAAUACCUUUAUUUUAUAUAUUUAUUUUUAUAUGGUGCUGAGGAUCGAACCCAGUGCCUCGCGCAUGCUAGGCGAGCGCUCUACUGCUGAGCCCCAGCCCCUAGAGCCUGUACUUAAAAAAAUAAAAUUCUAUUUAGUUUUGAAAUUGAUAGUCCCAUGACCAAUUCCAAUAAUGCUAUUGCAUUUGUAACCUCUUGUCUAAAAACAAAUACAAAGAAGCAAAAACAAUACAAGAAGAUUACCAGAUAUGUAAGAAUUAAUGGAAGGGGGAUGGAGGAGAGAAGGGAAAGGGGAAAUACUCAGGAAUGUUAUGGGCAAAAUUAUAUUGUAUGCAUGUAUGAAUAUGUAACAACAAAUCCCACCAUUGUGUACAGCUGUGAUGCACCAAUAAGAAAUAAGGGGAAAAAGUUAGUGGGGAUAACAGGUUCCAAAUAAUAAGUUUACUUUCUAAAGCAACCUCAAGAAUUCCUGGCCUGUCACGUGCAAAAUUUUAGCACAUGGACUGCUAGCAGAAUAAGACAUUAGGAGUCAGAGGUUCCAUUUUCACAGGAACCAGAAACUAUGGCUGCUGAGAGCGUUCCCUCAGAGAUCAUAGAAAGACAACGAAAAAAAUUGCUUAAUAUCCUCCAAGAAGAUCCAGAUUCUAUCCUGGAUACGUUAACCUCUCGACAGCUGAUUUCUGAAGAAGAGUAUGAGACUUUAGAUAAAGUUACAGAUCCCUUGAAGAAAAGUCGAAAGCUGUUAAUUUUGGUACAGAAAAAGGGAGAGAUGUGCUGUCAGUAUUUUCUCAAGUGUUUACUUAGUACUUUUCCAGAGUCAGCUACUACUUGGGACUUACAGCUUGAACUUUUAAAACACAAGGAUAUCACAUCUCCUCAAUCCAGAAGUAAGAAUUCAGAAAAUACUUUUUCCCCUACAGAAGAACAAAACAAGAAUCCUGAGACCAGAGUGUUUUCCAAAGAGAAAGAACACUUGGAUCUGAAAACCUCUGCGUUCUUUAGGGACAAUAAAACUAGUGAGCAGGAAAUUGCUUUGUCCUUCAGGGAGGAAGAGAAGGACUAUGACACUUCAAAAAUCACAUCGCCAUAUUCAGUCAAAAGAGUUGAAUAUGAAGUUCCAGCAACCAUUACAUAUUUACAGGAUGGACAGAGAUAUGAGGAGCCAGAUGAUUCUUUGUACUUAGGAAAAGAGGAAUAUCCAGGUUCUGCUGGGUACACUGAAGAUGCAGAAACUACUAUGAAAGAGGGAGGUUAUGAUGUUCUAGAGCACAUUGUGCAUCAUGGUAAAGAAGACUCCAAGUGUUCAGAAUCCAUCGGAUUCUCUGAUGAACGCAUUCCUGAGGAGUCAGAAACCAGCAUUUCAUUGGAGGAGGGGGAUAAAAAUCUGGAAGAAAGAAAGAAAGUGUUUAAAGAUGUACUUUCCUCUUUGAAUAUGGAUAGAAGCAGAAAACUUCUGCCAGAUUUGGUUAAACAGUUCUCCUUGGAUCACAGAUGUAGGUGGACACCUGAGACUCCAGCAGACUUAGCCUGGAAUUUCCUGAUGAAAGUUCAAGCAUUGGAUGUGACAGCCAGAGACUCAAUCCUCAGGCACAGGGUUCUGGAUGAAGAUAGCAAAGAGGAAUUGAUGACUGCUCUGGAAAAGUUGGAAAUUCGAGACAUACAAACCAUUCAUCCCCUUGAUGUGCUUUGUGCCUCCAUGCUGUGUUCAGACAGCUCUUUGCAACGAGAAGUCAUGUCAAACAUGUAUCGAUGCCAGUUUGCUCUUCCCCUGCUGCUGCCAGACUCAGAAAACAACAAAAGCAUCUUAAUGCUGAGGGCCAUGGAGGACAUUGUGAAGAAGCGGUCAACACAGUCCUCAGGAGGGCCCACGGGGGAUUCAGAAGAGUUUCUGAGUCUCAUGAAGAUGCCUGUCAUCUCUUUUGUACGUCUAGGGCACUGUAGUUUUUCCAAGUCCAGAAUCCUCAAUGCACUGCUCAGCCCUGACCGACUGAAAUCACACAAAAUCUUUCUUCAUCACGAUUUGUCUGUUCCGAUGCUUCCUAGGCAAAUAUCUGAUGGCCUAGUUGAGAUAACAUGGUGUUUUCCUGACAGUGAUAAAAGCCCGGGUAUUUUCCAAAAGCCUGUUGCUGUGGCCAACCUUCGUGGAGACCUAGAAAGCUUUUGGACACAGUUUGGGCUCUUGGUGGAGGUUUCCUCAGCUAUUUUUCUUUUCGCUGACUGCUUAGGUGAGAAGGAAUGGGACUUGCUGUUGUUUUUAGGAGAAGGUACCAUUCAAAGAUGCUACUUUGUAUUCAGUCCCCAAGCCAGGGUGAGUGAAGAGGCUCAGAUUUUCCAGAGGACCUUGAAACUGAAACCAUCACAGCUACUGUUUUGGGAAGAGAAAGAAGUUGGGGACAGAGGGGAGAACAUGGAAGGCCUUUCCACUGCCCUCCAGGAAGUGAUGUCCUCUUCACUCAGAUGUGUGUCUGUGAAGGAUAUGGCCUCCCUGGCCAGGGAGUUGGGGAUUCAGGUAGACCAAGACUUUGAGAAUGCUCAAGGGAUUCAGAAUUUCCCUAAUGUAAACAGGGCUGGAACAGCUGAAGGUGACGGACAACAAAGAUUCAGUCAACUGACAAAUUCAUCUGAAAGCCAAGCUUUGAGACCUACUAGAGAUCCUGGCAUUGCAGGUGAAGUCAGCCAAAAUUUUCAGAAUUUUCACCACUCUCCAGUAUCCAAGUCUCAUCUAGAAAAUGCCUGGCCUUCACCAAACAGAAUUGGAGGUAACUUUGACCAGGUUUCCUUGGAGUCUCCCUGGGUUAUGGGCUCCCACUUAGGGUCAGAACAGAGAUCUAAAUGGUUCUGUGCUUCGCCCUUUUGGAAUUCAAGGUCCCAUAAAAAAGGUAAAGAUUUUGGUAUCCAAUAUUCCCAAGCCCAGAGAUUUUAUUCAGGUGAAAAAUUCACAAAAUUUUCAAGCACCUCUUGGGACUAUCACUUGAAUCAAACAUUUGGAAGACCCCCAAGACCCAGUUCUAAGCAUGUGUGGGCCUGUCCUGAGAGAUCACAAAGAAUGGGAGUUCUUGCAAAGUUUGGGGCAGUGGUCUCCCUGGUAGGUCACCUACGUUCUCUAGGUUCACAGGUAGCAGGACCAGUAGGGAAACCACAGCCCAAGCGAGCCCUGGCCCCAGGAACAAAAAUUACUCAAGUAACUGGAAAGUUUAUUAGAACAGCAUCCCAUAGUAAAGAUCUUCAACCUCAGUGCUUUCAGCCAACAGGAAACACACAAAAACUAGUAAGACCUGCUUCUCAGCAAGGAAACAAGCUAAUGGCUCAGGGUAGGCCUUCAGAUUCAGUUUUCCAAAAAGGAUCUCAUUCCACAUCUAAGAGCAAAUUUUUACCCAGCUCUCAGUUCAUAUCCCAUCAGCCUAAGCCAUUCCAGGUGAAGCAUUUCCAGCCCAAAUCCUCUCAACCUGGGUCUUCUCAAGCAAAAUCUUCUCAGACAAAAGCCCCUCAGCCCCAGCCCUACCAAGCUAAGCCUUCUCAGCCUAGACCCAUUCAACCUAAAUCAUCCCAGACCCAUGCUUCACAGACCAGAGCAUAUCAGCCAAGAGCAGGGCCCAAACGGGUAGGGAAGCGUUAAAUAGUGUACUCCAGAGACCUACAGGAUGUGUUCUUUAUCUAGGUCAUUCCUAUCAUAUAGUAACCGGAAGAAGAAAUUCAGUCAAAGUUUAAGACUAUUGUCAUUAGUGUGACAUAAUCAAGAUAGGCAAAGUCUAAUUGGUUGUCAUUAAAAUAUCUGUAAGAGUGGUGUCCCUAAGCAAGAGAAAAAAUAUGAAAAUAGUUAAGAAUAGUAUCAAACAGUAAAUAAAUAAGUUGAAUACAACCUUGAGCAUUAAGUAAUGUAUAACUUGAAUCCAAUGGGGUCUGUGAGACAGACUCACUAGAAGGAGAAUGGGAUUAGAGACUAAUUGUGCUAUGAUCACAAAGUAGGGUUCAGUUGCCUCAAUGUGGCAAGAAAAAUUGCCCUAGAUGUUAACUGCUCCAGAAGUGCCUUGGUCAGAAGUUUCUGAUGCAAUAUCAGCCACUGAGGUGAUAACCCUUCUUAAUUGGAUAGUUAAAUCAUCUUGCUGAUAAUGGCCUCAAUUUGCUAGGUUCAUAAAACUUUUUAUUUGACAUUUAUAGAUAGAAAUAAUGAACUAACAACCAAUAAAAUUGAUUAUCUUAUUAACUGUAUGAGUGAGUUAUGAAUAUUUCAUAUUUUAAAUAUUUGUAACAGUUAAGAAUAUUUGGCCUAUUGGAGAAUCUGACAUAUUACUAGUCUCCAAUUAAAAAUGUGCCUUUGAGUUUUUAAUUUAAUUUUUUUUUAGUUAUUAUUUUUAUUUAUUUUUUAGUUCUUGGCGGACACAACAUCUUUGUAUGUGGUGCUGAGGAUCGAACCUGGGCCGCAUGCAUGCCAGGCAAGCGCGCUACCUCUUGAGCUACAUCUCCAGCCCCGAGUUUUUAAUUUUAGAGUUAAAGUUAAAUUGGAAAAAUUAAGAUAAGCUUAAAAAUUAUAAAAAGUAUUGAAAUGCUUAAGAGAACUUAAGAUUCAUAUAAUUUUUAUUUUUUGUUAGAUUCAUAUUAUUCUGAACAUUUCAGUAAGUUAUAUUACUUAACAGUAUUAAAUAAAAGAAUAUAUGAAAAUUUCCAGGUGUGGUGGCCAUGCCUGUAACCCCAGUGACUCAAGAGGCUAAGGCAGGAGGAUCACAAGUUCAAGGAUAGCCUCAGCAAUUUAGUAAGACUCUGUGUCAAAAUAAAAGAUAAAAAGGGCUAGGGAUGUGGCUCAGUGGUAAAGCGCACCUAGGUUCAAUCGCCAGUACCAAAACAAAGAAAGAAAAAAAGAAAAAAGAUUAAAUUUAAAAUAUUUAUGUGAACCUUAAAUAAGUUUUAAAAGACACCAAAUAUUAAUAAAAGACCACUUUAAAAGUAAAUAUUAAAAUUCAUCCAGAUUUAUAAAUAUAAUAGUAAGAUUUCUACAUUGAAUUUAAAAGCUUCAGUUUUUAAAUUAUAACUUUAAUAAAAUUAAUAUUAAUUUUAAAUACUAAAAUAACUCUAUGUAGUCUUUUUAGGUUGAAAGAUAUUACCUUCAAGGACACCAAAAAAAAAAAAAAAAGUCAUAUUGACAAAUGGACGAGAACUAAUCUUUGAAAAGGAAAAAUCCACAAGAAUAUUCUCAUAAUAGGUAACCUUUGUUUGUUUUCAUAUGUAUUGAAGAAUCAAUAUUAAGUAUCUAUAGGGUGUUUAGUCUGUCUGAUGGUUAUUGUAAGGAUGAAGAAAGAGAAGACAAUUCAUUUGAAUUUUGAAUUUUUAUUUUUGUCUUUUGGAAGGCAAAAAAAGCAUAACUAGUUCUGGUAUAUAAUUACAAAAUCUUCUAAAUAAAUAUGAAGUUCCUCCACUUAAAGUAAUUUUUUUGUUUUGACUUUUGAAACCAGCAAUAGUUGUGAUUUUUAAAACCCUUUUUCUGAAUCCUUCUUCAAGAUUAGAACCUGCUGGGCUCUUAUAAGAAAUGAAAUACAUUUGGUACCAGCCUAUCUUAGCAAUACAUAUGUAGUAUAUUCAAAUUGGACAAUUUGAAAUGACUUAAUAAAUGAACUACAAAGGAUUGAAUAAAAUGUUAAAAAGAGAGAAAGCAAGUGCACAAAGGAGAGGCACCUUUGCCUUCCCAAGGUCUCAAAGCAGGGAGGAGGUAGUGCUUUUUCCAAUCAGAAGACCUGUGUGGAAAGGUCCUGGUUUUGGUGGAUUGAGGUAUAUAGCAGGCGGCAGUGACCCACAGCACAGUGGGUGUACCAGGAGUAAUCACCACUGAUUUUCUGAUAGUGCAUCUCCUUGGCCAAACCCAACCAGAAGCCAAGGCCAAGAGAACUUACCCAGGCAGUUCAUAUCAGUAGUCUUUUGAAGCUCAAGUAGGAUAGACAGUAGAUCUGAAGAAGCAAUCUGAAGAUAGCCAGUAGAUUCUUCCCUUUCACCACAUUCUUCUUUUCUUUCUUCCUUCUCUCACAUGUAUUUCUGAGGCAUCUACUACGUGGAACACAUUAGACUAGGAACUGAAAAAGAUGUGGACACAGAAUGAAAAAUCUUUAUUUCAAUUCAGUAAUCGACUGAAUUGAAGAGCACUGUUUGAUGUUGCAAAGUUUUGAAUUUUCUCCUUAUUAUAAAACUACAAUCUCAUUGUAGAUAAUUUCAAAUAUCCAGAAAUAGACAAAGAAUAAAAGAACAUAAAAAUAAUCUAUUGCCGCAGUCUGGCUGGGCACAAAAUCACGAGCCACCACACAGCUUGUAGAUUCAAACAGCAACUCUUUAUUCCCGAACUCACACCAGCCGUCUACAAUCACGUUCUGGGGAAAUCCACGUUCUCUGCCCAAAUCCACCUCCACUGGGCUUCUGUCUCCCAAAAAAUACUGUCUGAAUCCCGUGAGAACUCAAGGGGAACUCAGGCAGCAGGAUACGCCCUAUUCCCAGCAGGAAUAAUCUUAAACCUGGAACACCCUAAACCCGAUUAUCCUAAACCGGGAACACCCUAAUCUCGGAUCCGCCCUGGUCCUUGAGCAAGGUCACCUACAUGCAAUGUCACUGCAAAAUGUCCUAUUUCCACAAGUCCUUCCACUAAGCAACAUGGGGUACGCUGGCAAGGAAAUUGUCAUACCUACUUGGCUAAUGGCUCCCAGCAUCUCCCCCCUUCUGAUUAAUUAAACAACAAGCAAUGUGGCUUAAGGACCGUGCCUGGUAGGUUGUCCAAUUCAACAUAUGGUUCUUACCCGUCAUCGGAAAACUGACCUUUAGGUGUCAAUCUAUAAUCUCAUAAGUACAUAACUAAUAAUGUAGUUGCUGAUAACACUACUCACUAAUAAAUUUUUUUUGUAUUUUUUCUAUUGAUAUAUAUUUACAGGCAACACCAAUUGCAUUUUUGAGUUAUAUUAGGGUUGAUGGGGCAAAGUCCAACAAGUGUUAGGAGCUGCCAGUACAGACAGAAUAAAGUACUGGUUUUCCAGAUAUCAUAGGAAAGUUUCAAUUCAGAACAUGAAAUGAGUUUAAGGGUCUCAUUGUAUAAUACACAAGUCUAAUUGUUAUAAUUAAAAAAUGCAAAAACUGAGAAUCAUUUGUAUGUGUGUAUAUGUAUAUGCAUAUAUAUGUUAUUAAUAUAUUGUGAACAUUUGUGUUAGUACUUUUUGUUUUAUUAGCAGAUGCAAAAGUCUACCCAAUGAGUUAUCACUUUCAGUGACUGAAAAUUCUAUCUUAAACACCUUAAAUCCAUUUAUAUUUUGUACAAGAAAGUAAAUAUUCUUUUUAACAUUAAAAAUUAUAUAAUUUAUUGAGAUGCUUGAAAGGAGUGUAUGCCAAUGUGAUAAAAAGACUGACCACUGAGACAAAGUUAUGAAUUGGAUGAAUCAAACUGGUUUCAAAAAUAUAGGAUUUUACCUGCAUGUAUUGUGACCUUCUGCAUUUCCUUAUGUUUUAAUUGUUUUUACAGUCUCCUUUUGUGAUUAAGGUAUAAUUACCUGUCCAAUAUUUGCCUAAUGGGUCUAUAUAAAUAAAGUAUUUGUUGGGGAAGAUAAA